AAGGCAUUGAAGGACUCUCACUGCCAUCUCUCCUCUCCUCUCCUCUCCUCUCCCCCCCUCUCUCUCUAUCUCUCUGAAUUUGAUUUCUCUCAGCUGAUCAAGCCAUAAUCAAACCCAGAUCUUGAACAAAAUCUGCUUCUUUCUUCAUAUCUAUACAUUUCUCUUUGAAAUUCCAAAUGGGUUGUACCGUAAGAGAAAAACACAUCCGAACCAAUCGGAGGGUUCGAUCUGUAAAACCCGAUAUCGAUCACACCAAUCUCACGGACAGAACCGUAAUCGAAUCGGGUAUCAAACCAUUGAAUUACCAAAUGGGUGUUAUCGAAUCGACUCAGAACUCAAACCCUAACCCUAACCCUAAUUUUGAUGAUGGUAAUUGGGGGUACUGUACUGAAGAGCAAUUAGAGGAGAUACUGUUGAAGAACCUGGAGUUUUUGUACAAUGAAGCUAUUUCAAAGCUUGUUGGGUUGGGAUAUGAUGAGGAUGUUGCCCUCAAAGCUAUAUUGAGGAAUGGGCAUUGCUAUGGUGGAAUGGAUGUCUUGACUAAUAUAUUGCACAACUCUUUAGCUUAUUUGAAUAGUGACUGUGGUGGUGAUUGUGGGGAUUCUGAGGAUUCUGAGCCUAAUUUUGUUGAUUUGAGGCAGUUGGAGGAGUACUCUUUAGCAGCUAUCGUGUGCUUGUUACAACAAGUUAAACCCCAUUUGACUAAAGGGGAUGCUAUGUGGUGUCUCCUGAUGAGUGAUCUUCAUGUGGGUCGAGCGAGUGUGAUGGAAAUUCCAGUUCUUCCCUCGGCUAAUAACAAUGGAUGUAGCGGUCCUUCUCUGAGUAAUGUAGCAAAUGUUAGUAACAAUCCAGUUGGGGUUGCCCCAGCAUUAUGUAGGUUUCAUGGAGGUUGGGGUUUUGGAAAUGGAGGUACUUCUGAAUUUCCUGUUAAUGGGUUUUUGUCAUAUGUGUCAGAAAUGAAUUUGCAGAAAGAGAUUGAGUGUCCAAAGAGGUUCAAUCUUACUCCUUCAAUGAAGACUUUGUUGAAGAGGAAUGUUGCAAUGUUUGCUGCAGGCUUUAGAGCAAACUCAAAACAGUUGCAGACGCAAUCUCAGGCUAGCGUCAGCUCUUUGUCAAGUGGAGAUUCAUCAACUGCAGCUGUAUCUGGGGCUGAAGUUCCAACUGAGCAGAAUGAGGAGAUCCCACAUGCAAAGAACCAAGAUGUGGUUAAUACUGUGUUGAAUAAAUUUCGUGAUUUGAAUCUUGAUGAGAAUAUGGAGUAUGUGCCACAAGAUCAGAAAGACGAGAUGGUUUUAAGUGUAAUUAAUCAGAUUAAGGAUCUUGAGAGGCAGGUGAAGGAGCGGAAGGAGUGGGCCCACCAGAAGGCUAUGCAAGCUGCAAGGAAGCUCAGCAAUGAUCUGACGGAGCUGAAGAUGUUAAGGAUGGAAAGGGAGGAGAGCCAACGAGUGAAGAAAGGGAAGCAGACCCUCGAGGACAAAACUAUGAAGCGUCUUUCGGAUAUGGAAAAUGCUCUAAGGAAGGCAAGUGGUCAAGUGGAUCGUGCAAAUGCAGCCGUGAGGCAGCUUGAGACUCAGAAUGCAGAAAUUCGAGCAGAGAUGGAGGCUUCCAAGUUAAAUGCAUCAGAAUCGGUCACAACUUGCUUGGAGGUUGCAAAGCGGGAGAAAAAGUGCCUAAAGAGGCUUUUGGCUUGGGAGAAGCAGAAAAAUAAGUUCCAGGAGGAAAUUGCAGCAGAGAAACAGAAGAUAUCGGAGUUGCAGAAACAGUUGGUUCAGAAUGAGUCAGCAAAAAAGGAGGCUGAGGAAAAGUGGAGGCAGGAGCAGAAGGCUAAAGAGUUAGGCUUAGCCCAAGUGGAGGAGGAACAGCUCCUCAAGGAAGCAACUGAGGCUAGUAAUAAGAGAAAGCAUGAGGCAUUGCGUCUAAAGAUUGAGAUAGACUUCCAGCGUCAAAAGGAUGAUCUCCAAAGACUUGAGCAAGAACUGGCACGACUUAAAGCGCCUGUGCAGUCCACUGAGCUACAUCAUACUAAUUCAGAGGGGGUGAAGCCCCAAGGAGAAACUAUUGCUAGAAUGCUUCAUGAUUUAGAUAAAUUGGAGGACUCUUCAGAUAAAGAUGUUGGCUACAAUAGGGAAUGCUUAAUUUGCCUGAAAGAUGAAGUUUCUGUUGUUUUUCUGCCGUGUGCUCAUCAAGUUCUGUGUGCCAAUUGCAAUGAUGAGUAUGGGAAGAAGGGAAAAGCUACAUGUCCAUGCUGCCGGGUACCAAUUGAACAAAGAAUCCGUGUGUUUGGUGCAAGUUCAUAGUGAUGUUGCCAGGUACCCCAUGCUUUUAGCUUUUGAUUCUUUUUAAAAAAAAAAAAAAAAAAAAAAAAUUUGCUGUGGUUGCAUCUGCAUAUGAUAGUGUUUGUAAAUAAGCAGCAAAACCUGUCUCAGGCUUUUGCGUAUGUCUCAAAAUGACCGCAAUGGUUAUUAAUACUACUAUAUCACUAAAAAGCAGAAAGUGAGGAAAUAAUUUUCUCAGAGCUAUAUGCCUUCUGAUUUUUCAUAUUAUCUGUGGAGUUCAUGGGGAGUAAGUUGAUGCUGUAAUUUCCCAAAUGUUUACAAGUAUGGUGCCAUUUUGUUUUCUUGUUACAUGGUGAAAUGGUUACUGCUUUC